AUGCUGCAGGAACAACAAAAGAUGUAACAGAAGAAUCCAUGUCAGAAGAUGACAAGAGGAGGAACUAUGGGGGUGUUUACGUUGGUCUACCAGUUGAUGCAACGGCCAAGAUUUCCAGCCAGACCGGAACGGCGCCUAAAGGAAAUUAGAAUCAGGCACAAACCUAUUCUGUGGGCAGAGAGGCUCUUCCUGGCUGGCAGAGAUCUAUCAGCAC